AUGUAUUAUUUGCUUGAUAAAACUGAUUAUACAGUAUAUCUUUCAAUAUAAUAUUAGUUAUAUUUGGAGAACAAUGAAUCUGACAUAGGUAUAUCCUUUGUUCUUGCAGGUACUCCUUAUUAAACUGAAUUGCCUUCUUUUAAUUCCUAUUUUACUGUAAUACCUUAGCUUUACUCAUACAAAGUAGAUUUAAAGAGAUAAGAAUAUGAGACAAUUUAUAUAAUAGUUAUUGGAAUCUAUAACUUUAAUAUAACAUCCGAGGCUAAAAUAAUAAUGUAUUUAGAUGAAAUAAACAAUCAAUAAGAUUACUUUCCUUUAUGGGCAAUCUUAGUGAUUGUAGGCAUCAUUCUAUUAGCUUUAUUAAUAAUAUCAUCCAUUUAUAUUCAUUUGAGAAGAUAAUUUAAAGUAAUAGCAGCAGAUGUUCCAGCUUUAAAAAGAGAGAUUUUAAAUGAAUAUAUGCCAAUAAAAAAGGCUAUACCUGAAAUAAUGAAUGAGGAAUGUUGUGUAUGUUUGAAUGCAUAUAAGAAAGAUGAAUUAGUACGUGAAUCCAUAUGUCAUCAUAUAUUUCAUGAUUAAUGUUUAUCUGAAUGGUAAACAAUCAUAUAAAUUGAAGGACUAAAAAAAAUACUAGUUGUCCUGUCUGUAGAUAAGAAUUCUCUGAAAAUGAAAUGAAAAGAAUAUUAUUGACAUAAAAAUAAACAGAAGGCAGUCCUUUUAACAAAAAAAUUAAAAAGUCUCCCUUCAUUAUAAAAUAUUAAAGUCUAAGAAUCAUACAUUCUCAGUUAGAAUAACCAAGAAAUUAUCCAGAAGAUUCAAUUUAAUAAUUAAAAUAAGGGGAGAUGUCACAAUAAGAUAAUUCUGUUUAACCUUUUUAAAUUUAAUGA